ACAAGUCAUGUGUUUACAGCUAUUAAUGAGUGAUAUUUUUUUAGUUCAAUUAAUGCAAUAAUGAUUUGUACGACACGUUUGCACUUUAGUUUUACGAUACAAUCGAUGGCACCAUAGGAUGGCUGAAGAAGUAGUUGUAAACCAAACGACAACAAUGAGUACGACUGGCGACGAAUGGACGGAAUCGUCGACCGCUCGGGUUAUCAGCGAUUUGAUACCCGACAACAUUGAGAUGAUAUUAAGACAAUAUCACAUCUAUGGUCUACUCGUUGUUUUCGUAAUCAUUGUCUUAAUCUUGUGUUUGCUGAAGAUAUGUAGAUAUUUCUUGUGUUCGUCCAGACCAGUGAUACAGGCAAGAGAGAUCUACUGUCAAUUGCAAAGAAAUGCAUAUUAUCUGGCAGUUGCUAAUCAAAGAUUAUCGGAAGACAUCCCAAAUGAAAGACAAAAUAACAAAAUGACUUCACAAAGACUAUCUGUGAUACAGAGUAAAGAGGUUUCGCUGAAAAAUGAUUUAAUUAGAAAUAAGAUGGAAAGGGAUCAGUUGGUAGAAACAGUGAAGAAGUUGGAGACAGAACAGGAAAAUAUUUACGAAAAGGCAUUGGAAACCAAUCGACUGAUCAGUUAUAAUAUGAACGUUCAGAAAGAAAAUGUCUAUAUUUGCGAAACUAUUGAUCAAUUGAAACGACAGCUCUCAAGACUGACCGAAACUGUUGUUAACUGUCAACAAAACGUCAAUCAGAAACAACAAGAAAAUUUAGAACUUACGGAACAAAUGAUGAAAUUAGACAAACAAAGCUCUAAACUGAAGAAUGUGACUAAAGAAAGAAAAGAGUAUUUGAAAGAAGUUUCUAAAAAUAAUGAAAAACUAAGAGAUGGUGAAAGCGAUACGAAAUUUAAAUUAAAUCAAUUAAUUGAAGAAUAUUCUGGUCUCGAAACGAAGAGUAAUGAAUAUAUUCAUAGAAAUGGUAAACUCGUCAAUGAUUUUAAUCUGUUAUCUAAAGAAUUGGAUGAAUUCAAGAAAGAAACGAUUAGUCGAGAGUUAGAAAUUAGUUCACUGAAGGAAACACUGAUCAAACUGGGAAAUCAAAGCAAUAAUUAUAAUUAUAAUGAUGAUCAAGGAGUGGAUCAAAUAGAUGAAAGUAGUAGUAGUGCUGAACGCAAUGAAAAUAUAUUGAAUUUAGUGAAAAUUGUUUCAAAAAUCAAGUGCCUUACAGUUGCCAACAAUACGUCGAGUGAUAAACUUCAAGAAUUAAGUGAUAAAAGCGAUCAAUUAAACCAACAAUUGGUUGUUAAGAGUGAUGAACAUAAACUACUUAAAUCGGAAAAAGAUAGCGCACUUCGCGAUAGAUUUAAAGCGCAGACAGAGUUGGAAGUGCUCUCUAAAUAUUAUAAACAACGAGAGCUGGAAUUGAGUCUUGAGAUGAGUAAUCACUGCAUUGAAAAACAGCAAAAAGACGAAGACGUGAAUUCAGUGAAAAGUCGAUUGACUGCCGCUGAAGAAGAAAAUGCUUUACUUAGAAGUCAAUUGAAGUCGACUAAGAAAGAGAUGACUGAAACAGGUGUAAGAUUUCGAACUCAAAUAAAUCAUUUGGAAAAUCAAAUUCACGAAAACUGGAUUCAAGCUCGAAGUGCCCAACGAUCUCUUGAAGAAUCCAAAGCUGAGGCCACAGUACUCAGACAGACACUCACUCAGACUGUUAAGUCUCCUAUCGAUUCAUUUGGUUUUGAGUCAUCAUUUUUCGAUGAUUCUGCCAGUUCUGUGUCUGAUCACUAUAAUAGACCAUUUCCACCCAUUCCUCCUCCACCUCCUCUUCCACUACUAAUCAAUUCUAUGGUGCCAUCAAUGCAACUGCCAUCAUCUGAGCCAAUCGAUAGAAUGACACUUUGGGCCCAAAGUAUGAGCCAAAUAUCAAUGAACGAAAUGGACCAAACAUUUACUAACGAUCCAAAUGUUUCUAUCGGAUCUAUGGAUUAUACGCCAGUCCAUCCACAGCAACAUUGGGAUACUGUUUAUAAUCGCGACUCAUAUUCUCCCACUCAGUCGUAUCCAUCAACGUAUCAACCAACCAAUCCAUCAGCACAUCCGACAACAUAUAAUGUAUACACUCAACAACCAAAUAAUUAUUAUAUGAAUACAAUGCCUGUUAACUCAAAUAAUAUUUCAAAUUUACCCGUUUGAUUGC